GUGUUUGAAGACGACGUCAACUUAUGGAAAGAAGACUACAAUCUUCAACCAGAGGUCGACUACGCAGAUGCACCAUACGAAUCAAUUGACGAAGACGAGCCUCGCGAGAAAAAAGUUAAAGCAACCAAGUCUCAUCCGAACGUCGAGCGAAAUCGCACAUCUCAGGAGGGUACAUAUAUUUUGCCCCAAUGUGCCUUCCCAAUUCCCCUGCAAACUCCCUCCCUCGAAAUUUCCCCCAAGUUGUUUAUUAAGCUGACACAGGUCCUGACAAGCACUAAACCCCGAAGCAUCGAAUUUUGGCCAAUAGCACCUACCCGAAGCUGA